AUGAUUUUUGCAAAAGAUUUGCAUCUUAAUGGAAUGGAAUCAUCGAUGAUUUUGUUCAAUAAAAAUUUUGCUCCUGAAGUCACCCGUUCUCUUUCUCAAUAUUUUUUACAUUUUGGUUUGUUGAAAAUCGGAACGAAAAUAUUAGUUUUUUGCAACGGGUAUGUUAAUAAGUGGUGUAUUCUUAACAAAUACCAGGAUAUGACGAGCGUUAAAGACUGCGAUAGUAAUAUCUCGAAUAUUUUGAACAACCAGUAUGGCAAACAUUUAAUAUGUUUAUCGGGGAAACGUUGUGUUUGUAAUGGUUUAUGCAAAUUGGAUUGGGAAUAUCAUAAUCGCGAAAGAAACAAUCCUUUGGCUCCAGAUGGUAUCAUUGAAGAAGAUGAUGAUUAA